AUGCCUCCUCUGCACAAGAAAGUCAAGCUCGGAAUAUGCGCGAUGAACAAAAAAUCCAACUCGGCGCAGAUGCAAUCCAUCCUCCAACGCUUAUCCGCGUUCAACGAAUUCGACAUCAUCGUCUUCCCAGAUGAAGUCAUUUUGAACGAUCCCAUUGAAUCGUGGCCAAUUGUGGACGCGUUGAUCAGUUUUUUCAGCCGUGGGUUCCCGUUGGAGAAAGCACACAUGUACGUGAAAUUGCGAAAACCGUUCAUGGUGAACGACGUGACGAGACAAUGGACGCUUUUGGACCGAAGGCUGGUGUACCAAACGUUGAUGGAGAAUAACAUCUCCGUACCGAACCACGUGUUCGUGAACAGGAACGACGUCUCGAAAUUACAUGACGACGAAGAGUUGAUGGAGAAACUGAAGAGAGAUCCAGAGGCGAUAUCCGGCGUGAAAUACCCGGAAAACGUAACGAGCGACGACGACGGGUUCGACGAGAAGGAAGACUACGUCGAGUGUAAAGGGAAACGAAUAUACAAACCGUUCGUGGAGAAACCGGUGGACGCGGAGAAUCAUAACAUCAGCAUUUACUAUCCACACACGGUCGGCGGUGGACACAAAGAGUUGUUUCGUAAGGUUGGGAAUAAAAGUAGCACGUAUUAUCCUCCGCCGACGGCGCAGAAGAGGAAGAAGGAAGGAGGAAAUGGUACGGGGGUUGGAGGAGGUUCUUCCGCGGCAGGGGAAGAGAGCGACGGCGCUUCAAACAACCGGCCAAAUGCGGAGUUGAACGACGACGCGAGGAGGUUGGAAGAGGUGGAGAAGAUGAUGAUGAAUAUGGAAACUAUCAGCGAGAACGAGAAAGGAGACGCAAGCGCAGACGCGUCUAAGACAUCAAGUCGAGGACAACAAGAAGGAGAAAGAGAAGAAGAAAAAGAAGAAGGCAACGAAGAGUACGUCACGUACUCGCGCGUUCGCAGAUCCACCUCGUUCAUUUACGAAGAUUUUAUGUCCACCAACGGCACCGACGUGAAAGUGUACACUUUAGGUCAAGAUUAUGCGCACGCCGAGGCGCGAAAAUCUCCAGUCGUCGACGGCCGCGUUUUGAGAGAUGCGAACGGAAAGGAGGUGAGGUACCCGGUUUUGCUUUCGCCCGAGGAGAAAGAAAUCGCGAGACGCGUGUGCAUUGCAUUUGGACAAAACGUCUGCGGCUUUGAUUUGUUGCGAGCGAAAGGUAAGAGCUACGUUUGCGACGUAAACGGGUGGAGUUUCGUCAAAGAUUCCAAAAAGUUUGUCGAAGAUGCCGCGUUGUGUCUCCGCGCGAUGAUUUUAAAAGCCGUGAGACCCGAUCACGUCAACAUCAAGAGUGCCGAACAACAGAGAGAAUCCAUCAUUACCGGUCGUUCAUCAAUCAACGAAGAGGACGAGGAUCACGAAGAUGGCACUGUACCUUCUCCAUCCGGCGGUGGGAUUAAGAACAACAACAUCAGCAGCAACAAUAUGAAUAACAACAAUAACAGUGCUUUAGCGAGUAAACCAGAAGAGUUACGAGCCGUUUUGGCGGUGAUUCGCCACGGCGAUAGAACGCCGAAGCAGAAAAUGAAACUUCGCGUGCACCAGAAGCCAUUGUUAGAUUUACUCGCGCAAUGCACGAAAAAUAACACGAGAAAACAAGCGAAACUGAAAACGCCGGAGCGAUUGCAAGAGUUGUUGAAUAUUUGUCGCUCUAUUUGGGGGCAAGUGAAGAAAGAGUCCGAAGCGAUUCUCGGGGAUACGGAGAACGAUUUGAACUUAGCCGCCAUGCAAGGUAACGCGGAGGAUCCAAAAAAAAUAGAAGCGAAAGAAAACUUGGACGGUUGGCGACAAGUGAUUGCUAUUCUAGAAGAAGGUGGGCACUUUUCCGGGAUUAAUCGGAAAGCACAGUUGAAACCGAUUUCGUGGGUCCAAACGAUCGACCCGCGAACCGGGCAAUCCGUCGAACAAGUCGAAUCCGCUUUGCUCAUUCUCAAAUUCGGUGGUGUUUUGACGCACUUGGGUAAAAACCAAGCCGAAGUGCUUGGAAAAGAUUUCCGUCAGCGCAUGUAUCCUCGUGGGAGUUAUUACCCGACCGAUUCGGACGGACUCUUGCGUUUACACUCGACCUAUCGUCACGAUUUAAAAAUUUAUUCUUCCGAUGAAGGUCGCGUGCAGAUUACCGCGGCGGCGUUCGCGAAAGGUUUAUUGGCGCUCGAAACGCAUAAAGGCGAAUUGACGCCUAUUUUAGCGUCACUCGUGACUAAAGAUGCAAAGCUUUUAGAUUUCGUGACGCACGAAGUCGAAGCGGAAAUUUUACACGCGAAGAACAAGUUGUACAGGAUGAUGACAAAAGGCGACCCGGGCGAUGACGAAGGAAAUGCGAAUACUGCUGCAAACCACGGGAGCAUACCUUCAAACGAUACCGCUGUUGACAACGCAAAUGUUAUUACUCACGUCAAUGCGCGAUUGAGUCGAUCGGGUUCGGACGGAAUGUAUGAAUCAAGUGGAAAUACUGCUACCCCUCGAGCGGUUCGGUUCGGCCGAGCCUCCUCGCGAGACGACAUCCACGAAGAAAACGAGUACGACGAACUCGUCACGCAAACUCAAGGUUUGUUCAACAUCGAACGUUCUGGAAAUUCCUGGCUCAUCGCUGAUCGUAUCGCCGCAGUCGAACGAGGUAAGCUUUUGGACUCGCACCAUUUCUUGACCUCGGUGGAGGGCGAGUACAGUCACUUGGAAGACGUCGCUCUCGCGAGCGUCCCAUCUUCACCUUCCAAAAAACUUCGCCGAGUAUUUGAGCUCGUUCACGGCAUAUCUUCACAGCUCCUCGAAAUGGCAUCUCGAAUGAACGAUAAGUUGAAAGCGCGUAACCGUUGGCGUAAGGUGCUCAUCGCGCUGGGCAAAAACCGUGGAUUGAAAGACAACGCGUUACCGCCGGACACGUGGGUGGACACGUUGACGUACUUUUCAGCCACCGCACCAAGAGGUUCUGCGCCUGCGAGUAACACGCUCGAAUUGCCUGGCGGUGGCGAAAGUUUUCUUCUCAUGCACACGCGAUGGAAAAAACUCGAGGAAGAUUUAUUCCACGGGCGCAAAGAAACGUUUGAUAUUUCAAAAGUCCCGGACGUUUACGACGCCGCGAAAUACGAUUCCAUUCACAACGCGCACUUAAAACUCGAUGGAUUAGAAGAACUAUACAUUUUAAGUAAAGAACUCGCGGACUGCGUUGUUCCGAACGAAUACGGAACGCACCCGAUCUCAAAGCUUAGAAUUGGUGCCACUAUCGCCGGUGGCUUGUUGGGUAAACUUCUCGCUGAUAUGAGCAACACCAGAGAAGAAUCGUACGCGGUCGAGACGAACAAGAAGAAAACGGUCAAACUUUUGGGCAAGAAGUCGCUCUUGAACAACAGAAAUUCCCCGGACGAGAACAACAGCACCGAUCCAAACGACGAAGACGAGGACGAAGAGGAAGACGCGCCGACGCGUUUGAACAUGCGGUACGCGACCGAAAAGAAGGUGCAUUCGCCGUAUAGACACGUGCGAACGCGAUUGUAUUUCACGUCCGAGUCGCACUUGCACUCGCUGUUGAACAUUUUGAAAUACGCGCACUUGGAAGAGGAUUUACGAAAGAGAGCAAGUGGCGAUAAAAAACGAUCGUCACAACACGUGGCGGCGAGUUCGUCGCCUCCAAAAGCUGCGACGAUGACAACGCAAAAGACCAAUAGUGGUGGAACGUCAAAGACGAACGCGUUUGGCGAUCCCCUCUUGAGCCCGCGGAAACCGCCGCGCGCUCCGAAUUCCUCCGCCGACGUUUCUUUUGAUGCCAGAUCCGAUUUGGAUUCUGAUUUCUCGUGCACGAAGAGAAACCCGCUCGUCGUCGAAGGGUUAGACGAAAUUCUCGGCGAACGCUCGAAAGAGCUCGAUUAUUUAACUCACAUCGUUUUUCGCAUGUACGAGUGUUUCCACGUUCCACCGGACGACCCGCUUCGAUUUCGAGUCGAAGUCAUGUUAUCCACGGGCGUUUGCUUAGACCCUUUCGAGAAGGACGUCUGCGAAUCUUUUCGACGGUCGGCUGAUGCUUUAGAAAAAGAAGGACCGGUGGAACCGACGCCGGUGUUGGAUCGCGUGCAGUUGCAAAACGAUUCGGUGUGCGAAGAGGACCAACCGUAUUUGACUUUGGACACUUUAGAAAAAUAUUUGAACGGGUUUCGUCGCGCGAAACCGGAAAAGAAAAACAAGAAGGAAAACGCGGAGCAGCAUCCGUUGAACGGCGACAUCUUUCCGUGA